CAGAGAACAUCGCAAGCUCCAACGAUGAAGUUCUUUGCUCUGUUCGCAUUCCUGCUCCUCGCUUUUGUCGCCGUCCAGGCCACACCUCGCGGUGGUGGACCAGCCGGUGGUGCUGGUGGUGCUGGUGGUGCUAGUGGCGGUGCCUCGGCCACUGCCAAUGCCAACGCUCAGGCUCUGAGCUCGGGAAAUGGACCCGCCUCUGCCACAGCCAAUGCCAAUGCUGCUGCCACUUCCCAGGGCGGUGCCGCUGGCGGUGGCGGUAACAAACGCGGUUAACUCAAGAGAGAGCCUUCACGGAUCGACCUGGAACGACAUCUGGAAACGAAGCUACUGCGAAAGGUGGGCACGUCCCUUGACGGGCCUCCACUGGCAAAGCACUGACGAAACACGAUUAACAUUUGAAUAAAAAACAUUUCUUUGCGGAAGCUAAAAUUUUGAAUAUUUUUGUGG